AUGGUACAGUACAAUACAGGGGAAAUCAUGGACAUACUUAUUGUAAACUACUUGAGGGCAGGGGUUCACUUGAGGGUCAAUGAGACCUUUCAUUUCUGGGAUGAAAAGACUUCUCAGGCCAUGUUUGUGAAUGCUUGCUUUACCUGCGUGUUCCUCAAUGUAAAGGACAUGUCAAACUGCACCACGGUGAUGGAACUCUUCCUGCUGGGGUUCUCGGCGGUCCAGAAGCUGCAGCUGGUCCACACCACGCUGUUUUUCCUGGUCUACCUAGCGGCCCUGAUGGGGGAUCUCCUCCUCGAUGCCAUCACCACCCUCGAUCGGGCUUGUUGGAAGACAGCCGCCACUUCCUGGCUGAUCGGGGGCCUCUCUGGCAUCAUGCACUCGGCCACAAUCUCCUCUCUACCUUUCUGUGGCGGUAUUGGUGUCCACCAGAUCUUCUGUGACAUUCCCCAGCACAUGAAACUCUCUGGCUCUGAGGGCAUGCUGCAGGAAGUGGGGAUCUGCACAUUCCUUACCCUGUUGUCUUUAAUCUGCUUUACAUUCAUUGGCGUCUCUUAUGUUCACACUUUCCGGGCCCUGCUGAAUAUGCCAUCAGUCGAUGGCCGGGUCAAAGCCUUCUCCACCGGCCUGCCUCACCUUGUCGUCGUCAUCAUAUUUCUCUCCAUGAGCAGCUAUGAGUAUCUGAACCCUCCUUCAAAGUUUCCCUCGACGCUGGACCUGCUGGAAUCCAGAAGCAGUAAGCUUCCGCGGGCGCCGCGAGCGAGGCUGGUGCAGGAUGAAGGCCUCGGGCACCGGCCCGAGCCCGAGCUGUAG